AUGGUUUUGGGUUUCUGUUCAACCACCCCUUUACAGGGGUGGGUUCAACCAGCAUGGCUUCAUGCCUUCUUGUUUUUAGUCCUCUCCACAGUCUUUUCUGCAACUUCAGUCUCUUCCUCUCCAACCCAACUCUCUUACGGGGACCACUGCGCUUCCAUCGUACCGGAAUCUCGCCCAACUCGACCGGAAUUCACCACCUCAAGAUUCACCGGCUUCAAGGUCGGUUACUUUACCGGUGGCACUGCAAUUCUAGGCCAAAACUCGUCUCCUUACUCAUCACAAUCCUCAAAGUCUCUGUCGUUUCGAACCCGGAGCCUGUAUGCAACCGAAACCGAAGGCGUGUUCAAGGUUGAAGGGCGUUUGGUCCUUGCAAGCGAUCGUAUGUACUAUUUUGAGGGAGAUUUGAGUCAUGGCAGACCGUCAUUUCCCCAGCUACAAGGGUUCUGGUCAGAAUCUUCUGGGGAGCUUUGCAUGGUGGGGUUGGGUUCUGCCUACUCCAACGGAGGUAACUUGCUUCGUCUCUCUGCUGUUCUUAAGCUCAGCAAUGUCAAAAACUCAAGUACCAUUACUGAUUUGGUGACUGGUACUUUGAAGAGCUUGAAUUCCGCUCAUGAUUCAAACUAUUUUGAACCAAUUUCGAUAUUAAUCUUUCCUGAAAUGAAUUACAAGUACACUUUGGCUUCAUCUGGUACUGGGUGUCCUGGUGGGGCUGAUGUUCCAGAGACUGCAUCACUCAGCACAGACUCCAUGAACAGUAUCUGUUCCAUACUCUCCAUGGAACGGUUUGGAUUGGAAUAUGCCCAUGACUGCAACCCAUCUCAGAAUUGCAGUCCUUUUGGUGGGGGUAUUGGGUAUUUGCCUCAAUUCAUAUCCAUUACAGAAUUUCAAUGUUCAGAGGAUGAAGAAAGGCUACAAGUUAUGGUAAAAUUUCAGAACAGUAGCUAUGAUUAUUACAGAACUUACAAUCCCAGCACAACACUGAUUGGGGAGGGAUCAUGGGAUGUGAACAAGAAUCAGCUCUGUCUCGUUGCUUGCCGAAUCUUGAACGAGGGGGAUUCUCUGGUUGAUGCUCGUAUCGGUGAUUGUUCGAUUAAAUUAAGCCUGAGAUUCCCCGCAAUCUUGUCCAUCAGAAACAGAAGUACUGUUGUGGGGCAAAUUUGGAGUGACAAAACUGUCAAUGAUCCCGGUUUCUUCAGUAAGAUCAUGUUCCAAAGCAUCAGGAAUAGGAUGCCGGGGAUUCCAGGCUCGAAAUAUGAGUACACUGAAAUUGAACGAGCAAGAAAGUUGUGCCUGAAAAAGAAGCCUGCUGAGAAAAAAGGGGUGGCAUACCCUAAUGGAUACUCUUCUGAUAUGCAGCUUGACAUGUCUGUUCGAAACUCAACCCAUCUAAUGGGAUGGGCUUAUUCAGAGCUCAUAACUUUGGGUGAUAGGUUCUAUGAUCGAUAUGCCCAAUCUAUAGUCAGCCUUGAAGAAUCUAGUGUUGCAGUGGCGACUUCCUCUGCCUCAACGCCGGAAAACUCUUUUGAAACAAAUGCCAGUGAUAGCAGACCAAUGAAUGUGAGCUACAGGAUAAGCUUAACACUGGAACCUGGUGUUAAAUUCGGUGAUAUGAUCAUCAGUCCCUCUAACUUUUCAGGUAUAUACACACCAGUAGAAAUUUCUGCUGAAGGGAUUUAUGAUGCCAAAACAGGAUUCCUGUGUAUGGUGGGCUGUAGAAAGCUGAGCUCACCAGUAAAAACAUCAAGCAAUGACUCCAUGGACUGUGAGAUUCUUGUGAAUCUUCAGUUUCCUCAAUUAAAUUCAAAGAAUAGAGGUUAUAUCAAGGGAAGCAUUCAAAGCACAAGAGAAAAAUCUGAUCCUCUUUACUUUGAACAUCUGGACUUGUCUGCAAACUCUUUCUUUGGAGCAAGACAAUCGAUUUGGAGGAUGGAUUUUGAGAUCAUCAUGGUUCUGAUAUCUCACACACUUUCAUGUGUCUUUGUGGGACUGCAACUCUUUUAUGUGAAAAAGCACUCUGAAGUGCUUCCUUCCAUCUCACUAGUCAUGCUUGUGGUUCUUACUUUGGGUUAUAUGAUCCCUCUUGUACUGAACUUUGAAGCCUUAUUUUUGGGGAGCCAUGAUCAGCGAAAUGCCUUGCUUGAGAGCGGUGGAUGGAUUAAAGCGAAUGAGGUGAUCGUGCGGAUAGUUACAAUGGUGGUUUUUCUGCUGCAAUUCCGUCUUCUCCAGCUCACAUGGGCAGCAAAAUUGAAAGAGGGUCACCAAAAGGGCUCAUGGGCUGCAGAGAAGAAGGUUCUCUAUCUGGCUUUACCAUCAUAUGUAGCUGGCUGCCUAAUUGCCUUGUUUUUCAACAGGGGAAAGAAUGAAUAUGGUGCUGCAGUUCAAUCCUAUUCCCUUCCAGAUUACCAGCAACAUUCCCUUUGGGGGGACUUGAGAUCUUAUGCUGGCUUGGUCCUAGACGGUUUCCUCUUCCCUCAAAUCCUGCUCAACAUGUUCACAAGCUCAACAGUGAAAGCUCUUUCCCAUUCAUUUUAUGUUGGAACCACUUUUGUUCGACUGCUGCCACACACAUAUGAUCUUUACAGGGCUCAUAACAAUGCUAUCAGCUUUAAUGGCUCAUACAUUUAUGCGAAUCCUGGUGCAGACUUUUACUCCACUGCUUGGGAUGUCAUCAUCCCUUGUGGGGGUCUGCUGUUUUCUGCUAUCAUUUUCUUGCAGCAGCGGUUUGGUGGUCGUUGCAUCCUCCCCAAAAGAUUCAGGGAGUUGGAAGCAUAUGAGAAGAUACCAGUGGUUAGCACUUAG